CACAGUCCAAAGAUAUGUUGGUAAGUUAACUGGCUCCUGCCCUAGUAUGGGUCGAAAAUCGGCCCUAAGAAUAAUCGGCCGAUUUUUGCUCUGUUAGUUGUCAGCGGCACCGGACGAUUUUCUUGGUUCCUCCCCUUUUUGGUGAUCGGUCAUGUUGGAAAAUAUGUGAAAAACGACUGAUUUUCGACUCAAUGACGGUCAAAUCGUACAAUCGUUUUUCCGAAAAGAAUAUGCACAUGAGCUGUGACCUGGAAGGAACAGAAGUUUUGCCUGUUAUAUGGGGUGAACUUUAUGACUUGGUUGGCCGAUUUUCGAAAUCAUUGAUGGCACCAUCAUUACCG